AUGAGAGAGCAGUUUUUGACGAGUUUUUUGGCUCUUCACGGGGCGAAAUUCGCCCGCGCGGAUUUCCAAUUCAUUGAAUUUUGGGAAGCGGCCGAUGAGUACGCUUCCGAGCUCUUUUCAGCGCUAGGAGCAGCGAGCAAGAAGCACGCUUCCGCCUUCGAAAACAGAUAUGAGCGAGCGAAACGAGCCGUCGAAUUCUACCAGGACAGCGGCCCAUGCGACUCGGGAUUCACCAAUCCAAGCUACGAGCCCGUCGAGAUGAGGAGCUUCGACACUAGAGCCUCUCUAGCCACGAAUUUGAACCAAUUCGCGGAUAUGCUCGAUGACUGGAUCGACUCAUACGCUUGCCUCGCUUCCCACAAUCGUGUUGAGGGUAAGAAAAUUCGAGUUCCUGAACGAUCUGUCAAGGACAUUCGAAAACUCGCCAAAAACAAAGCCUACCAGGAUCAAGAAUUCGCCUACCACAUCUCCCCAACUACGAUGGACUACGAUGAGGCUUUGGCGUAUUGCUACCUUCGUGGGAGCUGGCUCGCCCAACCUGACGGCGACAAGAACCGUUUUGGAGCGAUGAGUGCUGCUCUUCACGAAAACCGAUUCUACUGGUAUCAAGGAGAUGAAUCCUGCACUGCCACGUACGGAGGCUAUCGAUAUAGCUACCGUCGAAACUGUCAAGAACAGUAUCCUGCUGUUUGCGAGACAGGACAGUAUACCGACAAGUGCUACCCAGCUUCAGGAUCAGCUGGAUUUGGACGGUGCACGGCCUGGGGUGAUCCUCACUACACCACCUUUGACGGGGAAUACCAUCACUUUCAGGGAAGCUGUGAAUACACGAUGGUCGAAGUCGACAGCGUUCAAUACCCAAACAUGCCUUGGUUCAAAAUCGUCGCCGAUCUCGACUACUUCAGAACGGGCGUGUACACGCAUACUCGCGGAUUCACUUUCGAGUUCCCUGGCCAAGGCCAAUCUCCCGAUGAAAUCCCACGAUACGUCGUUUCCGCGGAUGGUUGGCGCUGGCAAAUGCGCAGUGCUGUCCUCGAAGAUCGUCAGCUUGGAGUUUCCUACACGAGAUCGUUCUACGGAAAUCCAGAUUUUUACUUUUACGUCGGCUGGGAUAGUGUCUAUAUUAGAACCUAUUUUGACGUUAGGGCGUACUACAACGCUCGAAAUGAUGCAAAAUUCGACAUCUGGGUUCCUGAUUGCUACAAAGACAACGUCAAGGGUCUCUGCGGCAAUUUCAACGGACAGAAAUGUGCAGCAGGACCUUUGGAUUGGGCGACGAGUUUCGAAGUUCCCGACGAACGAUGUCGCCAAAUUCACGACUUCGAAUGCGACGUUCAUGUUUCCGACGCAAUCAAUUCCUGCCAGCCCAUCGACCCAGAGAAUUCGGAAGGCCUCUUCAACGAGCACUGUUCCGUCGAUCAGGCACCAUUCAACACAGCUUGCGUUUUGGAAGUUUGCGACGGAACUGAUCGAUGCAGCGCACUCCAAUCCUACGCGAAAGCAUGUCUCAACGAUCUGGCACCAGAAGAUCGCGCACCUGUCUGUGAUUGGGCCGCUGAGUUCGGUUGCGAGCCAGAAUGCGGCGCCAAUUCCGAAUUCGAUGGCUGCGCGGAUUCUUGUGCCGCCACUAGAACCUGCGAAAAUCGUCAUUUGGACGAUUUCGAGCGAUGUCGAGGAGAAAAUGAAAUUGAAGGCUUUUGCGUCUGCGAAGACGGAUACAUUCUCGAAGAUGGUGUCUGCAUUCUCGAGUCAGACUGCGGCUGCAACUUUGACGGAAGCUACUACAAGCUCGGGGAAGAAUUUUCAACCACUGAAGACAACUGUGAAUGUACAAGCGGCGGUGUGGUUGUUUGCGUCCCCAUCCCCUGCGAAGAUAAAGAAAAAGGCACCUGCCGAGUCCACAGCGAUCCAUACAUCGAGACCUUCGACGGCGUCGCCUACGAUUUCCACGGAACCUGCCGCUACUCACUCGCCAGCUACGAAGACACGCCUGCUCGAGCAGGAUUCAAUAUUGAUUUCAGCAACAGAAGAGAAGUUCAGUGGAAUAUUACUGAAGAAGAAUGGGGCGACGGAUCUGUCCUUGACCAAGUUUGGCUCGAGUUCCAUUCGAGUGACUACGCUUUUGGAGAUUCAAAACGAUACCUGCUCCAUAUCAAUAACUUGGAUACUUCCGACGAUUACCAUAACACGAAUCUCGAUGUAAGACUUUUUGAUCGAGCCACAGGGAAGGUUUUCUACAACGAAGAUGUCAACCUUGACGAUGUUUCGAUCGACAUAGACGGCCAAGAUGUCACUAUCGUCCUGUGGAACGGCGUGGAGAUCUUCUACGAUCACGUGUAUUGGGAUAUGACACUUAAAGUACCGAACUGCUUCAAGGACGCUAUCUUCGGCCUUUGCGGAAACUGGGACGAUUCACAAGCAUCUGAGACACAAAUUGCGUCCGAUUACAAAACUGAUCCGGACGCGCUCGGCGAAAUACUUCGCCCCUGCGAGGCCCUUCCUGCUGACGAAUUGAAUGCUGUUGAGGAAAAAUGCGCGGCUCUAGAUGACAGCAACUCCGAAGCCGAUGUCUUCCAAUCCUGCGGCUUCCUCGACAAACACUACUAUCACGACGGUUGCCUCUUCAACGGUUGUAUCAAGCGAGACUGGGCUUGUGGAUUCAUUCAAUCUUACGCUCGAGGUUGUCUUGUCAGAAAGAAUCCAGACAGCAGCGAUUUUAAGACUGUCUGUUCUUGGCCCGAAGCAACUGGAUGCGAUCUAGAAUGCCCAGCUGGUCAAGUUUUCAAAGGAUGCACGAACAGAUGCCUUGAACAACGAACUUGCGAUGACGUCGUCGAUGGAAUUUCAAAUGAAGCUCGAUGCGGCUCUCAACGCGCCAUCUACGCAAUGUGUGGCUGCCCGGACGGACAAGUGAUGCACGAAGGCGAGUGUAUCAACGAAGACGCAUGUCCACGUGAUUGUGUUGCGACAGAAGUGGCUACUUGCAGAGUUUGGGGAGAUCCACAUUACGAAACAUUUGAUGGAGAAUUUCACCAUUUCCAAGGAGCUUGCAGAUACACAUUUGCUGAAUCGAAGGGCGAUGAUGAGUUCCGUAACGUUCCCGCGUUUAAACUCGAAGUUGGUCAAGAAAGAUGUGGCAAUUGGAACGGUGAAACACCAGUAUCCUGCCUAAGAAGAUGGACAUUUGAGUUCCCGGCAGAAGGCCAGACAAAAGAUGAAACUCCUCGCUACAUUUUAUCUGUUGAUAGUAGUCGAACUGUUCUUGAAGAUCGAUGGACCGGUGCUUCCUACACAAACAAUAUAGAAACCGAUGACUUUACAUUCGAAACUUCGCCGAGAAUUAGAGUUACAACCUGGUUCGGCGCUCUUAUUUCUAAUGCGGGAUAUCAUAUCCUCGAUUUCACACUUCCAAAUUGCUAUAUGGAUCAUGUGGACGGUCUUUGCGGGAACUACGAUGGUGUAAAAUACGAUAAAUUCGAUGAAGUCGCGUCGAAAUUUUCGGAAUUGGAUUUUUCAAACUGGACUGCUUAUCAAUCAGAACUCAUUGAAUGGGCAAAUGAUUUCGCUGAGCCUGACCCACGAUGCAGAGAAGUUGUCGAUUUCGAAUGCGAUGAUAUCGAUGAGGUAACCGACAUGUGCGUCCCUCUCGACAAAAAUAUCCCCGGAGGAGUCUUCCACGAUUGCACCGCUGAUAAGAACGCCGCCUAUCUCAGCUGUCUCAUUGAUGGCUGCGGGGAUCGCUCUUCUCUUUGCGACUCUCUUGCCAACUACGCCAAGACUUGUUUGAACACAAUUCCCGCUCAUCUUCGCGGUAAUGUCUGCUCUUGGGCCAGCGAAACUGGCUGUGAAAAGGAAUGCGGAGCUAAUAGCCAGUUCGAGGGUUGUGCAAGCACUUGCGCCGCCACACGAACUUGCGUCAAUCGACACAUGUCGGAUGCCGAACGAUGCGGAUCGACAAUUGACGAAUUUGACAGCAUGUGCGUCUGCGAGCCCGGAUAUAUUCUCGAUGGCGACAGCUGCAUCCUCGAAGAAGAUUGCGGAUGCGUCUGGGACCACAAUGGCGUCUACUACUCACAAGGUUCGACGUUCUCUACCGACGAAGAGAACUGCGAGUGUACUUCCGAUGGAGUCGUUUGCACACCAAUUCCGUGCGAAAACAGGGGAACUGCAUAUUGCCGAGCUCACAAUGAUCCUUACAUCAGAACUUUCGACGGCUACCAGUACGGUUUCCACGGUGAUUGCCGCUACAAUCUAGCUAGUGCACCUGAUCGCGACGACGUUCCUGGCUUCAACGUAGACAUCAAAAAUCGAAAACCGUGGCUUCCGUUUAUCGGCGCUGUUACGGACCAGAUCUGGUUCGACUUCCACGGACGCGAUUAUGUUGCUGGCGAUGCGAAAAAGUAUUCUCUUUACAUUCGCAACGUAGAUGACAGCGAUGACUACAGAAGAGCUCGAUUUGAAGUUACUCUAGAAGACAAUGAAACAGGAGAGAAAAUUAUCGACGCCGUUUCAGAAAUUAGCAGAACAGAAACGAUUGUCACUGAUGAUUACGAGAUCUAUCUCUAUCGAUCGUCAUCAGAUGGCCCAAAUAUUUACAGUGUGUACGUCAAAACCUGGAAUGGCUUGAGAGCCCAAUUCUACUACAGUUCUUGGUCCUUCUAUCUUUGGGUCAAUGGGUGCUACAAGAAUGAGAUGGCCGGUCUUUGCGGUAACUACGACGGCGAUUACUCUGAUGAGCGUCUUCUCAGGGCUGAUUACGAAGCUGACGGAGCCUCCUUUGGAGAUCGGUUCCAAACUGAUGAUGAUGAAACUUGCUCGCACGGCGGGCGAUUGACUCCUUGCGAAGACCUAUCGACAACAGAAUACAAUGCUGCGUACUCGAGAUGUGAAGCUGUUCGUCAACCGACUCUCCGACACCCACUUUCCAGUUUCUAUCGAAAUAUCUUCAGCGGCUGUGAGUUCCUUGGCGAUCGAACAGAAGUUCAUGAAGCUUGUCUUUUCAACAGCUGCGUCAAAGACGGCCUCCAAUGUGGUAUCAUCGGCGAGUACGCUUCCGCGUGCCUCGAGAGGAAGACUCCUGGAACCGCCGAUUUCGAUCGAAUCUGCAAUUGGGCAGCGGCUACGAACUGCGAAGAGGAAUGCCCAGCGGAUCAAGUUUACAAAGGAUGCACCAACAGCUGCUUCGAAGCGCAGACUUGCGAAGACGUCGCUCGCGGUGUUAGCAAAGAAGAUCGAUGCGGCACCGACAAUGUGAUCCAAGGAAUGUGCGGAUGCCCAGAAGGCCAAGUUCUCGAGGACGGAGCUUGUGUUGACGAGACUUCAUGCGGAUGCAUCACUGCCGACGGACUUUACGUCCGAAUCGGAGAGGAGGUUGAAGGCUCUGGAGAGCUCUGCACUUGCACCGAAGAAGGCAUGGAGUGCGUUGAAACUGGUCCUUGCACUGUCUUCAUCGGCAAUACUCCUGAGAUGAUUACCCAAAAGGAAAACAUGGCAGACGUCGACAUUUCGAAGCCAUUCAAAGUUAGCCUUCAAUUCGAUUGCAGCAACAAUGACUUCAGCACCGGUUAUAUCAUGCAAAUCACUGAUACAGAAAAGCCAAGAUUCAGUAGCUCCGUGGUGGAUCCGGACUCGGCGCAGAUAGAAGACCCUCGAUUUUCAUCAAGUGACCGCCCACUUGCCGCUAUAGCCCGCAAUCAAGAAUUAGUUUGGUUUGCGAUUGGCGUGGACGAUAGCACAGACUUCACAGACGGCGAUUUCGAUAAUUAUAUACCAUCGUACAUCCAACAUUGGGCUGGAGGAUUUGGUGUCGCUACGAGUUGGGCAGCCGGUUGUCCAGGAGAAGGCUGGACGACUUUCGAGUUCGAGCGCAGCUUCGACGAAGAUACGGGCUUGUGGACUAACACUUGGACCGCCGACGGGGAACUAAUUCUCUCGACAACCAACAGCGAUGAUCAAUGGCACGCUGGAUACGAUUUCCACAUCGGACUCGGCAGUGAAGAACACUGGAUAGGCGCUGAAAUCGAAAUUAAAAAUUUCAAACUGUGCUUAUGCAGCCAAACAUUCAUCGGCCCAGUUCCGGAAGUUUCUGGUGCAAGAGACAACCUCGCUCAGAUCGACGUCUCCAAGCCAUUCAAGACCAGCUUCGAGAUGGAUUGCAACGAUGAUUUCUCAAAUGGUUACCUGUUUCACAUAACAGAUCGGGAAACCUUUCGAUUCGGCGGCCCCAGCGUCGGCCCUGCUGAAUUGGAGAAGAAAAAGAAGAAUAAAAAGAAGAGAAACUUGGAAGACGAGGAGUCAAAACUUUCCACUGCGGAUAAACCUCUUGCUAUGCUAUACAUGAGUAGAAACUUUAUCUACUUUACGAUUGGCCUCGGUACCAGCAGAUCAUUCACUAGUUACGAUUUUGAAACCCAUAAUGGACCAUUUGUCCAGACUUUGGGAUUCGACAUAUAUUCCAUUUGGCUAAGCGGUUGCCCAGCUGACGGUUGGGCAACGUAUGAGUUCGAGCACAGCUUCGACGAAGAAACAAACUUGUGGACAAACACUUGGAGAAUCGAUGGAGUUCCAGUCAUCUCUACAACUAACAGUGAUGCCGAAUGGAACGCCGGAAACAAUUACUGGAUGGGACUCGGCGACGGUGCCGGAGCUAACUGGGGCAGCACCGACAUUAAAAUCAAGAAUUUCGUCCUCGACUGCUCAGAGCAAUAA